AACCAGUGGCGGACUAAGGGGGGGGCGGAGGGGGCGGUCCGCCCCGGGCCCCCACAUUUGGGGGGCCCCACAAGAUAAAAAAAAAAAAUUUUUUUUCGUGAAUCAGGUGUUUGAAAAUGAAAAUCCAACAUUUACUCUUAGGAGGCGGCAUCGCAAAAUCGAGUAGUCGCACUCGCACUAGUCGAUCGAAUGUGUUAUAUGAAAAGCGGAAUGCCGAAUUAUCGCCGUAUCCAGUAUUUGAGUAUUUCUCCGAAUUCAUUGUAAAAAGUAUUAUUAAAUAGAUGCUUUAUCGCCUUAUCGAUAAACGGGCACUUUAUUAUUCCGAUAAGGAAACAAUUAUAGUCGUAUUCGUAUUGUAUGAUUUGUUUGAGUAAAUUUCCAACCGGUCCGGCGGUCCCACCACGCGCAAACUAUUUUACUCGGAAAUAACUGUUUGAUACUUUUAAACCGAUAUGGCAGUACAUUUUUUACAUAAACAUCAUAUAAACACGUGUCAAACUAUUUCCUCAAACGCGAUUGACACAAACUUCAUGUAAACGCAUCUAAAACUGUUUACAUAAACUGUUUGCAUGAAGUUUACAUGAAGUAGCUGCUUGUAAACAUGAGUGACAAGCACAAGAACCAACGGACAUAUCUUAGUGGAGCACAAAAAAGAAAAGUGUCUGAAAAAAAAGAAAAAAGUCACCAAGAAGUUUUGGCAAAGACUUUCAAACUUGAUAAGUUCUUCAAAGUCGUGACUCCAUCAAAGAAAACAGAUGAGAAUCAAUCUUCAGAUUUAGAGCAGAUCGAGGAUAGAUCAAAUGAUGCUAAUAAUGAAGUCUUGGAAGUAAACAAUGUAAAUGAUGAAACUGAAGCAGCAAAAGGAAAAGAAAAAGAAGUUCAGGAAUUUACAUUUGGUGGUGAAAUAAGUACUUUCAAAGAAAAGUUUCUUCUCUCAAACGAUGCAGCGACUUGGCCGGUGCCAAUGCCAGACGACAUUCGACUAGAAAUAAUACAGAUCGGUAGUUCGACAUUUCAAAACAAGGAUGGACCAUUUUUGCCAAUAGAAAGAGUCGGAGAAUCAACUAAAGGAACAAAUAGGAGCUUGACGUCUUCAUGGUUUUAUGCAAGUUUACCGGAUGGAACCAAAUUUUUGAGAAAAUGGAUGGUUUUUUCAUUAUCAACAAAUAAGUUGUAUUGUUUCUGCUGUCGAAUCUUUGCAACGGACGAUGAUCUAGAAAAAAAAUUUGUUUCUGGUUUUGAUCGGUGGUGGAAAUUGAAUCCGAAAGUUACGCAACAUGAGUCGUCCAACGAACACUUGUCAAAUUUCGAGAAAUGGAAAACCUUGACAGUCAGGCUUCAUAGCGGAAAAACUAUUGAUCAUAGCACUGAAAAAGUCAUCAAUUCUGAAACUAAAAAAUGGCGUGAUAUUCUGCACAGACUAUUGGACAUCACGCUUUUUUUGGCAAAACAAAACCUUUCGUUCCGGGGCCACAGAGAAGAUUUUGAAUCGGAAAAUCGUGGAAACUUUUUGGAGUUAAUCAAGCUAAUGGCUCGCUAUGAUCCUGUUUUGAGAGAACAUUGGACGAAUUUAGAAAAAUCAGCAGGCGGACCCAAAAGACUGCCAUCUUAUUUAUCUAAGGGUAUUCAGAAUGAGUUCAUAAACAUCUUAGGCGACCACGUUCUGGAAAAUAUUAUUGUUGAUGUGAAAAAGGCAAAAUAUUACGGCAUGUUAUUUGAUAGCACACCAGAUAGUAGUCAUGUCGACCAAAUGAGCAAAAUAAUAAGGUAUGUACAUAUUGAAGGAAAAGUUGUAGAAGUACGCGAGUCUUUCUUGGGCUUUUUUCCUAUGAAUGGUAAAACAGCAGCCCAUAUAACAGAGGAUAUUCNUUCUGUAUUUUUAAUAAAACUAUUGUUUAAUCGAAUGUUCUGA